CAAGUGUUUUUUUUUAUUACUAAAAAAAAAUCGACUUGAAAGUUGGUCUUCCACAAGUAAUAAUGGCCGUAAGUCGUUAAAUCCCAUUACUCUCUCUCACUCACUCUCCAUAGCAAUGGACUCGCAUGAAAACCAGCGACCUCUUAACGAACCAGAGACAAAUCAAACUCUCUCCUUCACCUCCAAAUUGAAAAAAGCCUUCGCAUUCUACAUACUUCCACUCCUAAUUCUCUUCUUAGCAAUCUCCUUGACCUUAAACAACACAAACUACUACAAAACCCAACUCCUAAAACACACAUUCUCAUCAAACCCCAACCUUUUCCAAACCAUUUUUGCCCUUCUCUCCCCCACUCAACAAAAACCCAGAAUCAAACAAUCUCCAAAACCCAUUUCCAAGCCUCCCUACUGUGUUCUAUGGAUGGCUCCUUUCCUCUCAGGUGGUGGGUACAGUUCAGAAAGUUGGUCAUACAUCUUGGCCCUUCACGAACACAUCAAAAACUCAUCUUUCAAACUUGCCAUUGAUCAUCAUGGUGAUUUGGAAUCAGUAGAAUUCUGGGAAGGUUUGCCAGGACCCACCAAGAACUUGGCCGUUGAGCUUUACAACACAGAAUGUACAAUGAGUAAUAAGACUCUUGUGAUAUGCCACAGUGAGCCCGGCGCCUGGUAUCCUCCAUUGUUUGAAACUUCACCAUGCCCACCAGGUGUUUACCAAAAUUUCAAGGCGGUUAUCGGCCGGACGAUGUUUGAAACGGAUAGGGUGAAUUCUGAACAUGUUAAGCGAUGUAACAGAAUGGACUAUGUUUGGGUGCCUACUGAAUUUCAUGUCUCCACUUUUGUAGAAAGUGGGGUUGAUCCAUCCAAGGUUGUGAAAAUUGUUCAGCCUAUUGAUGUCAAGUUCUUUGACCCACUUGAGUACAAGCCUUUGAAUCUUCAUUCUGUUGAGAGUUUGGUAAUAGGGGGACCAACCCGGAGACCGAAAUCGAAUUCGGAGUUUGUGUUUUUGAGUGUCUUUAAGUGGGAGUACAGGAAAGGAUGGGAUGUGUUGCUGAAGGCUUAUUUGGAAGAAUUCUCUGGUGUUGAUGGUGUGGCUUUGUAUCUGUUAACAAACCCGUAUCACACUGAUAGUGAUUUUGGGAAUAAGAUUGUGGAGUUCGUGGAGAAUUCUGGAUUGGAAAAGCCUGUGACCGGUUGGGCUCCGGUAUAUGUCAUUGACAGCCACAUAGAUCAAAUCGAUUUGCCCCGUCUUUAUAAGGCGGCUGAUGCGUUUGUUCUUCCUUCAAGAGGAGAAGGGUGGGGGAGACCUAUUGUGGAAGCGAUGGCCAUGUCAUUGCCGGUAAUUGCGACCAAUUGGUCGGGACCAACUGAGUACAUGACGGAGGAAAAUAGCUAUCCAUUGCCACCGGAGAGGAUGAGUGAAGUGACGGAGGGGCCUUUUAGAGGGCAUCUUUGGGCGGAGCCUUCAGUCGGUAAGCUUCGGGUUUUGAUGAGGCGUGUGAUGAACAACAUUGAGGAAGCCAAAGCUAGAGGAAAGAAGGCAAGGGAAGACAUGAUCAGAAAGUACUCCCCUGAUAUUGUUGCCAAUAUCCUUACUGAUCACAUACAAAAGAUACUUGAAAAGUCUGAUGAAUAAUAGUCUUAGCCUUUUCUCCCAGAAUUCUGAAAACUGCUAGACUUGCUGCUUGAUAUUGCCACGAAAUUGUCAUUAAGCUGAGGCUUGCAUGUGGUCUGUGCAGGCUGCUAAGUAUAAUGAGUUGAUGAACUUGAUGAUUACUGAGACUGAGAUGUUCAACUGAUUGAUUAACUGGAAAUGUUAGUGUGCCAUUUUGCUUGGUUGUAUUUUCAAUCCAUGGAUUUAUCAGUGCUUUCCAUGAAACAACUUUUUUUUUUUUUUUUUUUUUGUUAAUCUCACAAAUAGCCUGUGAAGUUUA